GCUGAGAAUGAAUGCCUACUUAGAGACUUAGAUCAGCAAUCCUAUGAACAGAGCACAGGAAGAAUGAACAUACCUUUAGAGAAACUUGACAUAAACUCCACUGAGAGUCAUUGCCAGUGCAGCUCUAUGUAGUGGAAGGGGCCAACUGAUCUGUCUCAAGUGCCCAUAGCUGUCUUCAGAAAUCUUUUAGUUCAAGUAAAGUUGGCUUGGGGGGUCAUGGAGUAAGUGGUCAUCCUCCUCCUCUUCGUCGAUCCAAAGCUGGUAUAAAACAACCUGGAGACUAAAAAAAAGUUGAAUGUGAGAGACUUGGAGAGAGUUUUCCAAGAAUGAGAAAGAAUUAAAGCCUAGACAUGGUUUUGUGCAAGACACAGUGAGGUAAUUCCCACAGGUAAAGAGAAAACAUCAUUUUGUUUAUCUAUAUAAAUUCAGCAACUACCUUAAGCAAUUUAUAGUUGUAAACUUCGAUUAAUGAUAUAUAACAAAGAUUUCUUAGGCUAGAGAAGAAAUUUCAUUUUGUUUGUUGUGAAAAGUAUUCAAUAGCAAUCUUAAUUCUACUUUAACCUGUUCUUGGUGUGAAGAAUACUUCAAGAAGUACUACAAGAUGAAAGAAAUAUAAUAAAAAUGAGCAAAACAAUUUUUUUCUUUUUUGAAAAUAAACCAAGCAAACAAACAUGAAAUUCCAGAUAAUAUCAGCUAGUAGAUUAUGAGCUUGUAAGUUCUAGACUGUUAACAUGAUAUACCAUGGAGCUCUAAGAAUCCAUGAAAGAUUGAAUACUCACUUUGCAUUAUCGAGCUUCAAGAGAACAAGAGAGCUGUGCGUGGUGAUAAGUGUCUAAAAGUUUAAUUGUUUCAUUUAUUUCUGUUGAAUCAAGUGAUCGCUAGAGAUGGGCAAGACAUCGGGUUGGUUUAUGCUCAUCAAAAGAGCCUUCACUUCGAGCUCUAAGGAUAAAUUGGUCCAGACAAGUACCCCAAUUCAAUACUCACAGGACAAGCAAAAAAGAGAGAAGAAAAAGUGGGGAUUUAGCAAAUCCAACCAUGAUGACAAUGGUUCCUUCUUUCAAAUGCAUAGACAACAAAACAUAAUUGAGCGAAUACUGGAGGAUGUUCAAAAUGAGCAACACCAACAACAUAGAGUGCAGCAAGUGCUCCCCAAGAAGGCUCAACAAUCGAAAUCGCCUGCAAGAAAACCAAGGACUGCUCCCAACUAUGCCCACAUUUCGGCAAUCAAAAUCCAAGCAGCAUAUAGAGGUUACAGGGCUAGAAGGAGCUACCGAGCAUUGAAGGGUCUAAUGAGACUGCAGAGAGCCAUAAGAAAUCAAAGAGUGAAACAACAGACGACAAACACCCUAAGAUGUAUGCGAAUGCUAGUUCGAGUGCAGUUUCAAAUAAGAGACAGAAGGCUGAAGAUGAUGGAGAACAGAAGCCUCCAACUCCACCAGGCUCUGCCAAAGAACGAUGAGUCAGAGAGCAACUUUGGUGGCUGGAGUGUCGCUCGCCAAACUGAAGCAGAAGGGUUUGAAGGGUUUGAAGGAGAAUGGGAAGAUAGUGUUCUCACGAAAGAGGAGCUGGAAGCAAGGAUAAGAAGAAAGGUGGAAGCAACCAUCAAGAGGGAGAGGGCAUUGGCUUAUGCUUACACCCACCAGCUGUUGAAGAUGACACCCAAAUCUGCUAAGGCCAUGUUGAUCGAUCUCCGCACCCGUAGAGCCCCAUGGUGGUGGUCUUCGUUGGAAAGCCAACUCGCCACCAACAACAUCGAAGUUGUGCCACCUUCACAAAACUCGUCGCAUCUCCAUACACCACGAACAGCUACCACAGUGCAUGCCAAAGCCACCACUCGUCGGCCGCGUAGCUCUCACUACGCGCGGUUGAAGCCGGAGUACGCCGACGACGCAAGCCUCGUGAGUUGCCCACCCUUGGCCGUGCCCAACUACAUGACGACCACUGUCUCGGCCCAAGCCAAGGCGAGAAGCCACCGGACAUUUGGGACGGUCCCCGGCCCGGAGAAGAAGAGAUUUUCAUUCGGUCUUGGCCAGACUAUCGGGGCCCUGUUUGCCGGCAAGGAGGCCAACAGAAGAGGUUGUGACAGCAGUUGUAGUGGGCGAAGGAGUGUGAGAAUACAAGAGAGGCAUAGGUCGACACAGUCAAUAAGCAGCAUGAGCAUGGACUCCAUCAUGUCUCUGCCCACUGGAAGGGUUGGUGGUAGGAGGAACUAUAAAUAGCAUGCAACUUUGAUUCAGAUGUUCCAUGUUUUUUUUAAUCUAAAGCAUUUUGGUGUGUUUUAAUUUGUUACAUUGUGAGAAAUUGUCAGAUGAAGAAUGUUCUUGAUCACGUCUUUACCAUUUGAGCUAUAAACUCAUGAUUUCAACUUGAA